AGCGGGGCCGGCCGGGCACUUGGCGACGGCUCGGAGGCUGCAGCAGCGCGGCCGGUUGCGCCGCUGGUUCCGUUCUAUGAGCCCGGCCGGGGCUGUGGCGCCGAGCGUCCGGCUGCCCGUGGCCCAGGGGCCGGCGUGACCGGCGGGGGGCUGCGCAACGGCCAGCCGGCCGAGGAGAGACGGAGGCAGGCCGGGUAGAAAAAUGUCUACUUUCCUUACAGUUGGCCUUCUCCUCCUUUUUGUGGUUGAGUAUGGUUCCUCUGAGAACUCCAGUACUCCACGAGGAUGUGGACUGGACCUCCUUCCUCAAUACAUUGCCCUGUGUGACCUGGAUGCUAUCUGGGGGAUUGUGGUUGAGGCUGUGGCAGGCGCGGGAGUCUUGACCACGCUGCUCCUCAAGUUGAUCUUGUUGGCCAGGCUGCCCUUUAUCAAAGGCAAAGAGAAGAGGAGCCCGUUGGGCAUCCAUUUUCUCUUCUUUUUAGGGACCUUGGCGCUGUUUGGCUUGGCCUUUGCGUUCAUUAUCGAAGAGGACGAGACCAUCUGCUCCAUCCGCAGGUUCUCCUGGGGAGUCCUCUUCGCUGUCUGUUUCUCCUGUUUGCUCGCUCAAGCCUGGCGGCUCCGGAGACUUGUCCGCCACGGCAAAAGCCCAUCUGGAUGGCAGCUGGCUGGAAUCGCUGUCUGCGUUGCGUUGGUCCAGGUCAUCAUUGCCACGGAGUGGCUGAUACUGACGACUGUGAGGGAAGGAAAGCCGGCUUGCAAUUACGAGCCAGUGGAUUUUGCAAUGGCCUCCAUUUACGUGAUGUUCUUGAUGGUGGUCACCGCGUGUUUUUCCUUCUUCACGCUGUGUGGGAAAUUUAAGAAAUGGAAGAAGAACGGGGUGUGCCUUGUCCUCACCAGCUUCUUCUCUAUCUUCAUUUGGGUGGCUUGGCUGACUAUGUACCUGUAUGGUAACAAGGAACUGGGGAGAAGAGACCAGUGGCAGGAUCCCACCCUUGCAGUGGCUCUGGUAGCCAAUGGCUGGGUCUUCCUGAUCUUCUAUGCCAUCCCAGAGGUUCACUGCGCCAUCCUUCCAUCUCAGCAAGAGAACACACCCAACUACUUUGACACUUCACAACCACGGAUGCGCGAAACUGCUUUUGAGGAUGACCUCCAGCUUCCUCGGAGUUACAUGGAGAAUAAAGCUUUUUCAAUGGAUGAACAUAAUGCAGCGCUACGGACGGCAGGAUUUCGCAACGGCAGCUUGGGAAGUCGUGCAAGCGCCCCCUUCCGCAGCAAUGUCUACCAGCCCACCGAGAUGGCAGUUGUCUUGAAUGGUGGGACUAUUCCAACCGCUCCACCGAGUUACACGGGAAGACACCUAUGGUGAAAAGCUUAGAGGUCAUAAAGGAAGAGAGAGAGAGAAUCCAUUAACAAAAAUUGAUUGCCCCCCCCUCCCAAAAAAAGUGUGUUGUUUUCAGAGGGAGGAAAACCAUGGGGGGGGGGCUGUGGAAGGUCCUAGAAAAACUGAUAGCUCGGAGUUGUUCUCUCCUUUUUUUCUUUCUUUUGUUUUUAAUAAAACGAAUAAACGAAAACAGAAAAAAAAACAUGAGCACUGUCAAAUCGAUAAGCUAAGCUACCAGGAGCCUCCAGGAUGCAAUAGAAGCUGACCGAAUUUAAAAGUAGACCUAGGCGCAUUCUUCUUUUUUAAAAAAUAGAAAAAGGGAGGGGAGGAGAAAGGGAUCGAGUAGCAAAAUGAGAAGAAAGCGUUUGGUUAGAGAAAGUGGGAAGGCUUCGGAAGGGGCAGAAUUAUAGGAAGGCAAAGGUCUUUAAUUCAUGGAACCGUGCGUGAUGCAGGAGUGUCCAACGUACAAGGGGUCUUUGCUACUCUUUGAACAGCAUUCGUGGGGGGGGGAAGCCCACUUAAAGCAGGGGGGGGUGUCCCCAAACUUGGCCGCUUUUAAGACUGGACUUCAACUCCCAGAAUGCUGGCUGGAGAUUUCUGAGAGUUGAAGACCACCUGUCUUAAAGUGGCCAAAUUUGCAGACACCCGGAUUUAGAGCAGGGUUUUUCUCAAGCUUGGCCCCUUUAAGAUGGGUGGACUUCAUGUUGGCUGAGGGAUUCUGGGAGUUGAAGUCCACCCGAAAAAGGCCGAUUGAAAAUAAGUUGUGGAGCUGCACUAUGGAACCUCAAGCUAUGGACAGGGUGCUUUCUCUUCACAUCCAAGCUGCUGGUGCGAGCUUGUGGGGUUCCAGAUCAGGCGGCAACAGUGACCCAAAGUCAUUGGUGGCUUCGCAGGUACCGUCCAAGGUGCUUAAGCUCUUCUUGAAACCAUAAGAGCUUUCACCCGGCUUCUCUUCUCCCAGAAGCAGAACAGAGCAGUUGACCAUCAGGGUGUGCUUGGUAGGACCAAGGAAGCAUCUGCCCUGCUUUCGUGAUUGACCAAGGUCAAAGAGGGGCAAGGUCACACAGACUGUGUCUCCAGAGGGGAAAAUGACUGGUGCCAGAGAAGUAGCUUAUGUAGCUCAAGAGAAGGACCAGGAAGGGAAAGACAAUCCAUGGGAACGAUCCCUCCAUACUUCCCAAGAUUUUUCACGAAAAGGAAAAUGUAUCUCAGUGGAUCACCCAAUGUAUUAUCCCCACUACGCAUUUAACCCUGAGGUCCUUUGCGUGCCAGGAAAUCCUCUCCACGGGACGAGCUUAAAAUCUCCCAGUCUUCGCUCCCAACCCUAGUUGAACACUGAAGAGCUCGUGGACUGCAACCGUUUUUGUUUUUGUUUUUGCACAUUGAUUACCUUUUCUCGUGUGUAUCUGGAACGUUGGGUUAUUAUUAUUGCUAUGAUUUGAUUGCUUUCAUCUGGAUGUGGGGAAUCUCUUGCCCGCCCGCCCCGCUCCUUUGCCACAAUGCCCUAAUUCUUUCUGCCUUUUCACAUUGCUAUGAUUUCACUGAUGUUUGGCGAAGCAUUCCUUUAAUGGGUGAGCAUUUUAAAGCCUAUCAAGCAUGUAGAUUUGUCAUUUUUUACAUUCGGCUGGCUAGCUAGCACCUGCUUUCUGCUUUCCUAGAGACUAAAAAAAAAAAAAAGCAAGUGUGAUUUGCUUGGUUAAGGUGUGUGUGACUCUGUGUGUGCGAGAGAUAGAGAGAUAGAGAGAGAGAGAGAGAGAGAGAGAGAGAGAGAGAGAGAGAGAGAGAGAGAGA